GAAGACACCACACAAAAAGGCUGCGGUUUACAGUUGUCUAAACUCGAGAAGAAACGCAGCCCGCCGCAAGAAAGCCAAUGAUCAUGAAGACGAUACAAGGACUUGGAAUUGUUCUUUUGCUUUCCAGCCAGUUUUGGUUUUUGAUAAAAGGAGACUUCGAGAUGAAGAAUGACGACUACACAAGGUAGCUGUGAAAUAUUGUUUAGCAACGUUCAUAAGUUAUGCAAAUAAAAGGAAAUUGAAAAGAUAUUUGUGCUUUCAACACAUUAGAUUGAGAGAUUCCAUUUUUAAAAUACCAAAGUAAGGGGUCUAGUGUAUGUUUGCAUUUGUGUGUUUGGGUAUAAGAAGUUAAAAAUACAAUUAAAAUGACGUUUCGAGCGAAGGCCCUUCAAACGAAGAUUAUAACCGCACUUUAUCGCGCAAGUUUUCUUUAAAAGUAGUUUUUUCAAUUCGAGUAGAGCCCCAGUCAAAAGAGUUGAUGGGAGUUGGCAGUUUUCAUUUGAUCCGGGUUUAAUCCAUAAACGGUCCCAAGCAAACCUGCACUUAACUCUGCCAAAAUAUACAUGCCGAGGGAAAACUUGUCAAUUUUUUGCCCCACACAAAAGCGAGUACACUUGUCAAGCUGUUUGCUUUGCCGAAACCAUGAGUCUCAAGUCUUGAGUAGGUUUAAGGUGAUGGCUAAAAGCGAUGGAGGAUAGAGGGAGGUUUUCAAAAUAGCUCAAAACUCAGAAUUUGUUUUAGUUUAGGGUUAAUGCUAGGGUUAGGAUUGGGGUUAGGUUUAGGAUAAAGUUUGGGAUUGUUCUGAGUGUCUGGUUGUUGAUUCUUUCGCGUUUUAAUGAUCUUUAAAACAAGCCGCCAUGUUCAAAACCUUCGCUAGCAAAUGUUCAAAAAAAGAAUCUAAGACCACAUAAUUUUACUCUUCAUUUUUAAUUCAAUAUGUCCACACGAUUCACCGCAAUAAUCUAAACUAGACACUGUUUUACGUCAUCGGAGCAAUUUUGUUUAAAAAGUUAUUAAAAACGCAAUUUUAGAAAAUUGAACUAAAUGAACCACACAUUUUUAACCUUAAAAUCUAAUUUGACUAAAGCGAUCACUGCAAUAAUUAAGACUGACUUUUAUUUUUUUUGUUUAGAAGUGAAAACGAUAAGAGAACCAUUGAUCUGGCUGGUAUUGAAAUACCACGAGGAGGAAAGAGAACCGUCAUUGAUCUGGUUGGUAUUGAAUCCCCAAGAGGCGGUAAGAGAACCAUUGAUCUGGCUGGUAUUGAAUCACCAAGAGGCGGAAAAAGAACCAUGAUUGAUCUGGCUGGUGUUGAAAUACCACGAGGAGGAAAGAGAACCAUUGAUCUGGCUGGUAUUGAAUCACCACGAGGAGGAAAGAGAACCAUUGAUCUGGCUGGUAUUGAAUCACCAAGAGGAGGAAAGAGAAACAUUGAUCUGGCUGGUAUUGAAUCACCAAGAGGCGGCAAGAGAACCAUUCAUUUGGCUGGUAUUGAAUCACCAAGAGGUGGAAAGAGAACCAUUGAUCUGGCUGGUAUUGAAUCACCAAGAGGCGGAAAGAGAACCAUUGAUCUGGCUGGUAUUGAAUCACCACGAGGUGGAAAGAGAACCAUUGAACUGGCUGGUAUUGAAUCACCAAGAGGUGGAAAGAGAACCAUUGAUCUGGCUGGUAUUGAAUCACCAAGAGGUGGAAAGAGAACCAUUGAACUGGCUGGUAUUGAAUCACCAAGAGGUGGAAAGAGAACCAUUGAUCUGGCUGGUAUUGAAUCACCAAGAGGUGGAAAGAGAACCAUUGAACUGGCUGGUAUUGAAUCACCAAGAGGUGGAAAGAGAACCAUUGAUCUGGCUGGUAUUGAAUCACCAAGAGGUGGAAAGAGAACCAUUGAACUGGCUGGUAUUGAAUCACCAAGAGGUGGAAAGAGAACCAUUGAUCUGGCUGGUAUUGAAUCACCAAGAGGUGGAAAGAGAACCAUUGAACUGGCUGGUAUUGAAUCACCAAGAGGUGGAAAGAGAACCAUUGAUCUGGCUGGUAUUGAAUCACCAAGAGGUGGAAAGAGAACCAUUGAACUGGCUGGUAUUGAAUCACCAAGAGGUGGAAAGAGAACCAUUGAUCUGGCUGGUAUUGAAUCACCAAGAGGUGGAAAGAGAACCAUUGAACUGGCUGGUAUUGAAUCACCAAGAGGUGGAAAGAGAACCAUUGAUCUGGUUGGUAUUGAAUCACCAAGAGGCGGAAAGAGAACCAUCAUUAAUCUGGCUGGUAUCGAAUCACCAAGAGGUGGAAAGAGAACCAUUGAUCUGGCUGGUAUUGAAUCACCACGAGGAGGAAAGAGAACCAUUGAUCUGGCUGGUAUUGAAUCACCAAGAGGUGGAAAGUGACUACUUGAUAUUUGAAUUGGCAUUAAUAUUUUAUUGGAUCAUUAUUGAAAUUAAGGGAAAUCUAGAGUCCCUAAAAAUAUAGACGUUAAUAUAAAAUGAGUUAAUACAAAAAGAAGAAUGAAACGACAAAUGAAAAUUAGUGUAAUUAUAACUAUAGCUGCUGAACUCAUAUAUUAAGAGUAUUAAGUAAAUUGAAUCAUGUGAAUUAUGAAUAUAAACUAAAAAACUUAAACAAUUCAGUGACUCAUAAGUAAUCAUAGCAUUGCAGUCUGACUUCAGCAUGGUUGUUUGGAAGAGUAAUUUUAUGCAAGUACAAAAUUAUAUGAUAUAUACCACAUAGGCAUAAGUAAUAUUCAAUGAGAUACAUCAUACAAUUUACAAAGUUACUUUAGGAUUUUACUAGACUGUUUAAUAUCAUCAGAUGAUUUUACUCAAUUUCCAGC